AGCACUUUGAAGCUUUGACUUUUUGCAUUGACCGUUGAUCAUUCGCAAGCUUCUUAGUUUGACAGCAGCUCUGAGAUCCAAGUACAGUCACGCUCUGAAUGGAACCAGCUGAAUCAACGACCACCAACACCACCACCAGCACCACCAGUAACUGCAGCAGCAGCAGCAGUAGCACUCAGCCACAGGAAGGCGAAAUCCAGCCGCUUGUUGUCGCACGCACGCAGUCGGUGGAGGCGCGGCAGCUGUCUGAGGCCGAAGCGGCGAUGGUCGCUGCGACCAAGAUGACCGUCUCGGAGUACCACAAGUCGCGCUUCGACACGCACGCGCGCAUGUUCUGGGACAAGUUCUACCACGCAAACAAGACGUUCUUCUUCAAGGACAGACAUUGGCUGUACCGCGAAUUUCCGCCCCUUGUCGAGCAGGAGCCUGUGCAUACGUUGCUCGAGAUUGGAUGCGGUGUCGGAAACGCAUUCUUCCCGUUGUUGCAGGCAAAUCCUACGAUUGAGGUCUAUGCGUGCGAUUUCGCAAAGAAGGCUGUCGAUUUGAUCACGCAAAACGAAUUGUACAAGGCAAAUGCAAGUCGGUGUCACGCAUUCGUGUGUGAUGUGAUCAACACGCCAAUCUCGGACACGGUUCCUGCUAACAAGGUGGAUCUCUGCACAUGUCUGUUUGUGCUCUCGGCCAUGGUGCAGUCCAAGAUGCCGGCCGCUGUUUCCAACAUUUUCAACGCUUUGAAACCAGGCGCGACGCUCUUCUUCCGCGACUACGGCAUUAAUGACGAGGCCAUGCUUCGGUUUGCCAAACAGCGAAAUUCCAAGCUCGAUGAGAACUUGUACGUCCGGCAGGACGGAACCCAGGCCUUCUUUUUCACUCUGGAACACGUGCAAGAACUCUUCCAAUCUGCCGGCUUUGAGCAGUUGAGCAGCGUUUAUGUCUUUACGGAAACAAUCAACCGCAAGGAAGAGCUCCAAGUCCCGCGUGUAUUUGUCCAGUCGCUCUUUCGCAAGCCGGACACUUCAGCACCAUCAUCAAGUUAAUUCAUGCUAUCAUUGCUUGUUUCGGAAUACAGAACGUUUUGUUUGCG